AUUUGAAGAACCUGUAAAGAAAUUGUGUCAUGGCGGUCCACGAAGCAAGAAGGAAAAGAUAUAAAAAAGUGCCUCCGGAUGGUGGAUACGGUUAUUGGAUUUUGGUGGCGGCUUCUGUGAGCUUGGUUUCAUCGACAAUGUUUUACGUAUGUUUCGGAAUGAUUUACAAUGACCUCUUCAUCAAACUGGGCAUGGGCACCACCGGCAUCAGCGUGCUGACGGGCAUCAGAGCGGUGGGCAUUGCACUCUCCGGUUUCCUGACAGGGCCGCUACUGAAAAUUAUGAGUAGACGUAAGCUGGCUCUCAUAGGUGCUACGUUCUACAACUCGGGAAUGUUGGGAACAGUGUUCGUCAACACGCAGGCGCUGUUUAUUUUCUGUCAAGGACUCUUACAGGUUAUUGGUAUAGGAUUACUUUAUACUGUGUCAUGUACAUGUAUAAACGACUAUUUUGUCGACAAGCGGUUGCUAUCCACCGGCAUCGUGCAAAGUGUGGCAGCCGCCGCAGGAAUGGUGGCGCCGAUGAUUGUGUCAUGGACCAUGGCCGAGUACGGGUACCAGUGCACGCUCCUCGUCAUAUCGGCCGUCGGCAUGCAGAGCUACAUCGCCGCCACGCUGCUGCAGCCCGUGGCCUGGCACAUGAAGAGGGUCCAAAUCACGGAUUCAGAGUACAAGACAUUGUUGGAGAAGGAUGAAGACACACCAUCGCAGUCAGGUGAUAACGUCGACAAUGCACGCAGUAGCACGUUUGCACGUAUUUUUGACUGGGAGUUGAUAAAGAAGUACGGACCGACGAGCUGCUGCCUCGGAGCACCGGCCGCCAUGUUCGCUGACAUCAUGUUCAUGUUCAAUCUGGCACAAUCUCUAUAUACUUUAGAUUGGAACGACGAUCAAGUGAAAUGGUGUUUUGCUCUAAUCGCCUUCGGGGACCUGGCGACCAGAGUAUUUCUCAUGAUCUUUAGUAAAUGGCUCAAGCUGCUAAGCAACCGCUUAAUAUAUUUAGUUGGAUUGAUAAUUGCCACGGCAACAAGAAUUGCCAUGCUAUGGAUUUCUGAUUACACCGGUGUCCUCGUAAUCCUCGCCGUGAUGGGCAUCUCUCGUUGCAUCAUCAUAGUAGUGUUUGCAUUGGUGGUGUCAGACUGUGUCAGACCAGAACAGUUUCCUUCGGCCUUCGGCCUGAGUAUGGCCAUUUAUGGAGCUGUCAGUAUCACCUGUGGGCCCAUUAUAGGCACCAUUCGCGACGCAACAAACAAUUACACAAUCAUGUUCUCGAUCCUGAUCGCGAUCUUCAUUGUAUCCACUACGGCCUGGGCAAUUGAGAUGUUUCGAGACUGGAGACGGCAGAAGCAAGAGAAACAACGAAAUAAUGAAUAGAUAUUUAUUAAAAAAAUAUAGGAAAUUCUUACACAAAUUGUCUAAAAUUCAGAG